AGUGACUGCCCAUAUGUUGGUUGUGGAGAGUCCUUCUCUGAUCACAGCACCCUGCAUGCACAGGCUAAGAAGCAUAACCUGACUGUGAACCUGACGACGUUCAGGAUCUGGUGUUAUGUGUGUGAGCGGGAGGUGUUUUUGGAGCACAGGCCCGCGCUGGUGCCUGUACCUGCUGCUCCCCACCAAUGUAAAGCCACAGAACAGGAAGCAGCUCCUCAGCCAGUAGGUCAUCCGCUAAAAGCCGUACCAAUCGCUGUGGCAGAAGAAGAGGGUUCAGAGUCAGAGGAGGAUGAGCUCAAACCAAGAGGCCUGACAGGAAUGAAAAAUAUUGGAAACUCCUGCUACAUGAAUGCAGCUCUGCAAGCUCUCUCCAACUGUCCUCCUCUCACUCAGUUCUUCCUGGACUGCAGUGGAUUGGUCCGGACCGAGAAGAAGCCUGCCCUCUGCAAGAGCUACCAGAAACUCAUCUCAGAACUCUGGCAUAAAAAACGGCCCAGCUAUGUCGUGCCGACCAGCCUGUCUCAUGGCAUCAAACUAGUAAACCCCAUGUUUCGUGGUUACGCUCAGCAGGUAGGGGCAAGCACCCAGCAGGUAACUACACCUGGCAUCACUCAGCAGCUUGACACGGUCUUGUCUUUGUUUUUUAACUGUGAACCACUGUGUAUUUCCCUCAAAUAUUCCCAAAAAUGACUAUUCCCUAAAUUCCCUAAAUUUCUUAGUAAAGGGUAACUUUGGUAUUUUUUUUAAA